CGCAACAGCGAUGAGCGCCAUCGUCGACAAGAGGCCACCGGGGAGCCCGAAGACCGCCUCCCCCAAACAAGCGCCGAAGAGCCCGCCCAAGGCGCCCAAGUCGCCGCCCAAGCCGCCGAGCAAGGCCAAGAGCCCGCCCGGGAGCCCCGACAGCAAAAAGAACGGCGAGAAGAGCAAACGGAGAGGACGGGCAAGUCGCGCCGCCAAGAAGGAGAAGGAAAAGCAAAAGGCCGCCGAGGACGCCGCCGUCAAGUCCAGUUUUGACUGCUCGAGCGCCAUCGCGAACGUGAGCGAGAACCUCUGGGUGUCUGCCGUGAGCGGUACGAAGAUGGGCGCCUCGCUCGAAGCUACGUUGUUGGAGUGCGGCGUCACAUCAAUCGUGAGCACAAUAGACAAGCCGACGCAGAACGAGAACUUCACGCAACUCGACGUCGACACGUCGCACGACGAGUGCUCGCCAAAUCUCCACGAGGCCUGCGACUUCAUCAGCGAGCAGAUCGAGUGCGGUGGAAGCGUCUUCGUCCACUCUCGAUCAGGCUUCGCGCGGAGCGAGUGGGCCGUAUUGAUCGUACUGGGCUACAUGGUCAAGUACGACAACAAGCCUCUGAUGGAGGCGAUCGAAGCUUUGACGGAGAAAACGAAGCGCCAGAUCUCGCCGGCGACACGAUGGCGGCGAGAGUUGCAGGCCUUCGAGGAGGAGGCGCUCGGCGAAACGUCAGUGGAUGACGACUGGGUCGCGAACGAGGGCGAGGCCGACGAGGUCUCGCACGCGCUGUCGCGGCAGCAGCUCGCCGAGAACCUCCACGACCGACGGCUCCUCAAGAAGAAGAGCCCCCACAAAUGAUCCCCG